AUGCCGUACACGCAAGAGAUAUGGUCGCUGGAUUCCUCAGGCGGCAGCAAGACAUGGAAGAAGAUGUGUUCGAUAGAUUUCACCAAAACUUGUCAUUGGUUCGGGGAAAGCGGCACGCUCUUACCAAUAGCAAUUCUUGAGAAGAAUAAGUUAUUACUUCAUGGUCAGCGACGCUCACAUCCACUUGUGAUACAUGAUCUUCAUGCCAAAUCUUAUGAUUUACUCUUCAACCCUACCAAAAUCAUAGGUGCUGUUUCUUACUUCGAAAGUUUAUUCUCUGUUUGA